GUGUGUGAUAAGAAGUUAUAAAUGGAAGAUCCAUAAAACCGAAACUGGUUUAUACUAUAAAUAAACGGAGGCGUCAAUAAUAAUAAGAAUGGUAUCAACAAAUUGUAGUGGUAAAAAUGUGUUCAUGAAUAGAAAGCGUUUUAAUUAGUCGAUGCGCUUUGUGCGUUGAUUAAUGACUUCGGAGAGCGACACAUGAACGACACGCAGCAGCAAUCCGCAACAUCAAUCGCAUCCAAUUCAACACCAUUCAACCUAAUCCCAAUCGCAUCGCACCGCACGCACCAACGUUCGCACUUUGAGCGGUGCGACGCGCACGCGCAUCCGUCGACCGCACGCAAACUAACCUAAUCUCGUCUCGGCAACGAUUUGUUUACAUCCUCUGGACUGGGGAAAAAAGCUGACCAUCGAUGACUUUAUCAGUUCAUAAAUUGCCGUAAAGAAAGUAGGUUACAUUUACGCGCAUUUGCUUUUCUUAUGCAACACACGAAUAAUUUUCAUUAUACAUAGUGUGGCAAUGAGUAUUUAUCGCGGACGCAGCACGACCGAGUUUUAUUUGGCAUCCCUACUCUACGAUUCCAUUGAAGAUCAGGACUUUAGGGCUGUGAAAUCUUUAUUAAGCGAUAAAGGAGCGGAUGCAAAUAUUAUUUUACCAAAGCCGGGCAUAUCGCCGUUUCACUUGGCAAUCGGAAGCGAGAAUUCCGAUUUCGCCCAGAAAGUUACGACGAUCGUUUUGGAGCACGGUGGAGAUCCAAAUGUGAGAUCGGACGAAGGUUUGACACCUCUCCACAUUGCUGCUGCGUGGGGUAGAAGCAAUAUAGUUGAAUUGCUUUUGCUGUGCGGAGCCGAUCCAAAUAUAGAAGACAACUGUUAUCAAACGCCCAUAGAUUAUGCAGCGGCGGAGGAUCACUGCGCCGUUAUCAAGAUUAUUAAGGAUAAUAUCAGCUGCGACGUACGGUCAUUUCUAUCCGGAAGUAAUGCUAAUGUUCAAUUGGACUAUGCUUUAGAUAAAAUAGUUGUGAAUAAUGGACAGGUGGUUGGAGAAUACGAGCUCGCAAAUAUAGUUGAAGCGGAAACCAUCGAUUUGGAAGUUUUACCUAGAACAAAUCCAAAUGAUUAUGUGAGGAAUUGGUGCGAUACUCUGGACGCGCAAUUGGAAUCGAGCGGAUUAGAGGACUUAUCGCCCAAGAGCGUAACUUCAUCCGUAAAUGGAUCCUACCGUUACAAAAAUGUUACAAUGUACAGACCUAAGGCCCGACCAUGGGAUGUCCCGUUCAAUUCGCACCAAUCUAAUGACUUUUGCAAAUUUUCCGAGAAAUCUCGCGAAAGUGGCAUAGUAACAUUGAACGAUUCUGCGUUGGAAGAUGAUGAAAUCAAAUUGUCACCGCGCAAAAUUAGUAAGACGAAAUCUAAAGAUACGAGUAGUGAUUACUGUACAUGUACGGAAGGAUCAGACGAUGUUAUGAAUCAAAAUGUUUACGAAAUGUCCUCGUCCUCGUCUUCCCAGAAGAGUACGGACCACAUCAACAAUCAUAUCGCAAACUUCGAAAAUAGUUUUAUCAGUGUUUCCGAAGUUUACAGAUAUUCCGAUCGUGAUGAAGGCAUAGUGCUAUUUGAAAAACGUAUUUUACCUCCGGCCAAUAGUUAUGAGACGGAAAAUGUUACCAUCAGUUCAAGAUCAUCUGUACUGUCGAGCUUACCUAAGAGCUUUGACUACGACACGGACACCCUCCAUAAAGAAUUAACAUGCAUAGGUUUUGAACCCGGCCCAAUAACCAAAUCCACGAAACGGGUGUACCUUAGGAAAUUGUACAAUCUACAAAGGAAUCCAUUGGAUAAUAUAAAAACCAAUUCCAAAGAUGAGAAAGUUUAUUCGUGGGAACUUCAAAAGACCUUAAACACUGCAGAAUGGAAUUUGGAACUAUUAAAAUACAAGAGCCUCGAAGAAAUUGUGUCCAAAGAAUUCUCGAAUCCCGAUGUUUCUAGGAGAUGGCGGGAAGGCGUGAAGAAAUCCUCAUUUACGUAUCUACUUCUCGAUCCUCGCGUAACCAAAAAUUUGCCGUGCAGAACUGAUCUUUCCGCAGAGGAGAAAUGGAAAAUUUUCAUAACGUCUAUAUUUUAUGUGGGCAAGGGAAAACGUUCUCGCCCUUAUCAACAUCUGUACGAUGCCGUUGAAUCGUACAGCAAGACGACGGAUAAACAAAGCGAGAAGAUCCAGCAUAUACUGGACAUAUGGAACGAGGGCUACGGCGUCGUGUGCCUACACGUGUUCCAAAAUGUGAUACCGGUCGAGGCGUAUACAAGGGAAGCCGCGAUGAUCAAUGCGAUCAAAUUGACGAAUCUCAAGAACGCGAAAAGCGGUCAGUUUUACGGGAUGGCUGCCACUUGGAACGAGAAACAAAAGCGAAUGUUGGGCGUCUACUUGCUUUACAAAGCAAUGAAAAUUUUGUUGAAUGAGGGCGAAAGGCAAUUGAGUCCAAGUGAUAUUGAUUGAUUAUAAUAGUAUUCUUACAUUUUAACCAAAAAUAACUCAGUACUAUACUGUUAUAUUAUACUUUAUUUAUUUUUUUUGUUGGUAAAUCAAAAAAAAAAGAGAUGGAACAUGACAAAUUAUUUUUUUCAAUAUGUUAUUUGACAAGUGCAAGUAAUUGUUGUAUUCGUGUGUAGGUAAAUAAAAAUUAUAU